GUUUUAUUGUUACUCCCAGGUGUCCUCACUGCUCAGGGCCGCUACGCCCAGAAGCUCCUGAAUGACCUGAUGGAGAAUUACUCCAGCGCCCUACGGCCGGUGGAGGACACGGACGAGGCUCUGAACGUCACUCUGCAGGUCACCCUCUCGCAGAUCAAGGAUAUGGACGAGCGGAACCAGGUGCUGAUUACGUACCUGUGGAUCAGGCAGACCUGGCACGACGCCUACCUGAAGUGGAACAAGGAGGAUUAUGACGGCCUGGAGGUCAUCCGCAUCCCCAGCAGCCUCGUCUGGAGGCCGGACAUCGUCCUUUACAACAAGGCUGACGAUGACUUCUCCGGGCCGCUGGACACCAACGUGGUCCUUCGCUACAACGGCGAGAUCACCUGGGACUCCCCGGCCAUCACCAAGAGCUCCUGCGUGGUGGACGUGUCCUACUUCCCCUUCGACAGCCAGCACUGCAACCUCACGUUCGGCUCCUGGACGUACAACGGCAACCAGGUUGACAUCGCCAUGGGCAUGGACAGCGGCGACCUGUCCGACUUCGUGGAGAACGUGGAGUGGGAGUGCCAGGGCAUGCCGGCCGUCAAGAACGUCAUCAUGUACGGCUGCUGCUCCGAUCCCUACCCCGACAUCACCUACACCGUGCUCCUCAAGAGACGCUCCUCCUUCUACAUCUUCAACCUGCUCCUCCCCUGCCUCAUGAUCUCCUUCUUGGCCCCGCUCGGCUUCUACCUGCCCGCCGACUCUGGGGAGAAGGUGUCCCUGGGGGUCACCGUGCUGCUGGCGCUCACCGUCUUCCAGCUCAUGGUGGCUGAGAGCAUGCCCCCCUCAGAGAGCGUCCCCCUCAUUGGGAAGUACUACAUAGCUACAAUGACCAUGAUCACAGCCUCCACAGCGCUAACUAUAUUCAUUAUGAACAUCCACUUCUGUGGAGCGGAGGCCAAGCCGGUCCCUCAUUGGGCCAAGGUCAUCAUCAUAGACUACAUGUCCAAGAUCUUCUUCGUGUACGAAGUCGGCGAGAACUGUACCUCUCCGCAGACCAAGGAGGAGGAGCAACACGGCCACGGUAAGCCCCAGCAGCAGCACGGCAAUGCGGAGCGCAAAGGGCACCCGGUUCCUCGGGGCUGCAGGAGGUACGAGGACUUCGAGUCCAGCACCAACAUCAACGGCUGCCUGAAGGAGGAGUUGUGCAACCCGGAGAAGAUUGACAUCUAUCCGUGUACGUGCGCCGGCCACGCCAAGAUCAUGAGGAACGUUGAGUACAUUGCCAACUGUUUCCGCGAGCAGAAAGCCACCUGUGCCAAGGGAGCUGAGUGGAAAAAGGUGGCCAAAGUCAUGGACCGGUUCUUCAUGUGGAUCUUCUUCAUCAUGGUCUUCCUCAUGAGCAUUCUGGUCAUAGGCAAAGCCCCAUAACACAUCAUCAUCAGCCUCAUUUUAUUUAUCUAUGACUCACAAAUAGAAUGUUUAGACACCUUACUUCUAGACACAUCUGACAGUGCUUCUGCAGAAUAUUUACAUUGUGUAUAUUUAGUAGACGCCUUUGUCCAUUGUGAUGAUCGACUGAUAAACCAGGGUCAGACAGUCCCUGGAACAAUUGGGGUUAAGGGUCAAUGGUGACAUUAUACUUCAGAGCCUGGGAUUUGAACUGGCGACCUUCUGAUCACAGGCACAGUGUUCUAACCCACUGAGCCACAAGCCAGACCCCACAUAUGAAUAUAAAAUCUGAUGGCUUGGCAGCAUUUAAAAUAAUUUGAAAGGAACGUCAUGUUGUCGCUGUCCUCAAUCGCAGCGGGGUGGACAAGCUGAUCUUGGGUGCUGCUGCUUCCCUGUAGAGUAAAACCCGGUAAAACAAUCAUGGAGGUGAUCACCGUCCACGUUUCCUGCUGGAAACAAGAUGCCCAGUGUGGACAGCAAUGGCGGCCCUGCGAGGUUCAAAGCUCAGAAUAUUUUCUAUUCAAAAGUGCCCGGUAAAUUGUUAAUGAUCAGCUUUGUCUUUCAGAGGGGUUCGAGAUGUAAGACUAUCUGCGUGUGCUGCAAAUGCGCAUCAAUAAUGCAUUUUUCUGCGUCGGCUCGUGGAGCUUAUAAAAGGCCAUAAGGCAUGCGGCAGAACUGCUAAUCUGUCGCUUUAUCGUAGCACAGCUCCGCAAACCGCAUUCAUUGAAUAAGACAAUGACACAGGCUGUGUCCUGGUUUAUAAUGAAGACGCUGACACUGUCACCCCAUUAACCAGAACCUGAUUGGGUCACUCCCUCAGUCACAUGACGCAUACAUUCCAGCUCCUCAUUUCAGUAACCUUAGCGUGUCCCAGUGCGAUUUGCAGCCUGUUUACCUCGGCCCUCCAGAGUUUAAUAUUCUCCUACAAUUUUCACAGGAGCUAUUGCUUAUUGUUUCCCCUCGUAUGCAUUUACUGUGGCUUUCUGACGCCAACAUUUAAUAACGUGUAACCUUUAUCACUGUCAUACCAGUGUUAAUAAUAAUGCUAUUGCUAGAUGGUGGAAUGAGCUAGUGGUGAAUUUUAACGUAUAGAUCCAAUGUCCCCGAGGAUCGAUUUGGGAAACCCAAGUGGUGUGUUUCUAGCCAUCCAACAAGAUACCACACAACUUUUUUGGAGAACUGAAACUAUUUGUGUUCCUUUUUAUAGUAUUUCCGUUUAUCA